AUGGCAGAUCCAGACGACCGGUCCUCCGCGGACGUACAAGCUCCCAGCGAUGGAGGGAUGGUAAAGGCCGAGGGGGAGGAGGACGGCAUCGUCGGCCUUCUGGACGAUGAAGAAAGAGAGGCCUCCGAUGCCUCUCCAGCAAUUGAGAACGGCAUUAUAUCAAAUCGGUAUCGGCAAAUAUUACGAGACCAAGCUGACGAUGCGUCUGAGGAGGGAUCCGUGGAUGCGGCGCCGAAGCGCGUGGGAAGUCCCAUCGAUUCCCUGAUGUCUCUGCCCGACGAUUCCCCCCGUUCCGCUUCCCUGAGCUCAGGACUGCUCGACCGCGAAGAUACCGAUACCCCCUCGCCGCCGUGGGAAGUUGUUCGAUGGACGAGAUUGAAGAAACUUAACGGCCAGGCCUUCUCCGAGGCCGGCAAGCGCAACUUCGGCGCUCCGACCUGCAUCGCCGUCUCCGCCUCGAUUGUGUUGGGGACGAACAAGGGAAUAAUACUAAUGUUUGAUUACAACCAGGUCUUGAAGACCAUCAUAGGGCCCGGGACCAAGGCCGUCGAGUCGGGCGCCAUCACGGCAAUCGCUGUGUCGGCAGAUCACACCACCAUUGCUGGGGGCCAUGCGAAUGGAAGCAUCUUUACGUGGGAGACGAACCGAGCGUCCAGGCCGUUCCUGUCCAUUCCGCACCUAGACCAGUCGCAACUAGAGAACCGGACCAUGGAUGGCCAUCUCCCUGGUGUCGCGGUCACCCAUCUUGGAUUUCUGGGGACCAGGCACACUGCGCUUGUGUCAGCGGAUGAUCGUGGCAUGGCCUUCUCCCAUCUGGCAACUAGAGGCACUGGCUCUCUCGGCCGAACUGUAAAGACAACGAGGAUACUCGGACGGUACCCGAACGCGGCGCCUCCUGCCGGAAAGCCUCUCAAGCCCAGUACUGUACUGGCAUUUAGUCCAUGUCCUUUGGGUAAUACCGAACGCGCCACGGAUACCCUCGGCCUGACGGCAAUGCUUACACCAUAUCUGUUGGUUAUCGUUUCUACCACACCCGUCGCCCAGACACAACACAAAUCGGCCAGACCAAAAGAUGUCGCCCAUCACAGUGCGAUGACCGGCUGCCUUGCGUGGUUUCCUGCGGUGAGGCUUAAGGUUCCAGAUCCCGUUACAGGCAGCGACAUCUCCAAAGUCAAAUUGGUGUACUGCUGGUCAAACGUCCUGACCGUUCUGGACGUAGACGAGAUACCAGCAGAGAACAAGGACAAGCCGCCCACGCUCAAGUUCAAGGCCCGGAGUCGGUGGAAGUGUGAAGAAGCCAUUGUUGCGGUCCAGUGGCUAAGCCGUUCUGUUCUCACAGUUUUGACCAUUACUCAGCGCCUAAUCGUCGUUGAGGAUCGCAGUAUGCGAAUGACCGAGGGUUUUGAUCUCAUCAAUAAGUUCAUUUACCACUCCGACCUGUUCUCUAAACAGUUACAUACAUUGGUCGAGCAGCUCGACGAGGACGACACAUCGAUGCAUGGUGUUGUGGCCGACGCUUUCUACAUGAGCUUCAAAACCUACAAGGGCAAAAUUUUCCUGCUCGGUUUCAACGAUGUUUCAAUUGGAUCGCUUUCGAACUGGGCUGAUCGCAUUAUUGCUCUGAUGGAAAAUGGUGAUUACGUUGGUGCUAUUCAGCUUGGAACAUCAUACUACACAGGUGACGCCGAUAAACUCACAAUUGGCCUACCCGAAGAUACCGAGUUGCGCCACUCGAUGGUGCGAGACAAGCUCAUGGAGAUCAUGCGAGCUUCUCUCAAAUAUGCCUUCACCCAGCGGCAAAAAGACCGAGCUGCAGCGGACGACGCCCACCUUCGAGAGUUGGCUGAGACUUGUUUCACGGCCUGCCACAGCGUCGGCGACGUCGACUUCCUCUUCGAUGAAAUGUGCGAAUGGUAUGAAGACGCCGGCGUGGAAGGCAUUUUUCUCGAGACCAUGGAGCCUUACAUUCUGGGAAAGAACAUCGCGGUUGUGCCGCCAACCAUUGUCAAGGCCACAGUUAACCACUACGUCACCAAGGGUUGGGAGAGUCGCCUUGAGGAGAUGAUUGUCCACAUGGACACAAUGACCCUAGAUUUGGACCAGAUUACUCUUCUGUGCAAGCAGCACAGUCUUUACGACGCCUUGAUUUAUGUCUGGAACCAGGCCUUGAACGAUUACAUUACACCAUUGAUCGACCUACUAACCUUGCUUGUGCCACUUAUGAGCAACGGCGACUACAUGUCUUCAGGGAACAUGGAUGACGAGAUUUACGGCGUUAACGCCUUGAAGAUGUUCCCCUACCUCUCAUACACGUUGACGGGCAGAGUAUACCCCACCGGGGAGGCCAUGGACACCGCCGUUGCCUCCAAAGCCAAGGCUGAGAUUUACUGGUUUCUAUUCUCAGGAAAUAGCGUCACGUGGCCCAAGGGCAGCACUCGGCGGUUUCUCACACGGCCAGAUCAGCACACUGAGCCGUCGUUCCCAUACCUCAGGUUGAUCCUGAAGUUCGAUGCCCCAAGCUUCCUUAGUGCUAUAAACGAAGCCUUUGAAGAUUCAUUCUUGAACGACUCUCCUGAGAAGCAAGUUAACGGCGGCAUUAGGGGCGACGUCCCUGAAGAGCAGAUAUUCGGGCUCACGGUCGAUCGUCAGUACAUUGUCUCUAUCUUGUUGGAGAUUAUGAACCCAGCAGACUUCGCAUCGGAGGACACCAUUUACCUCGAUAUGUUCAUCGCUCGCAACCUUCCCAAAUUUCCUCAAUACUUGCUCUUCCCGGGCUCGACGCUUACGAAGGUCUUGACCGGGCUUUGCAAUUACCCUGGAGCUGACCUAGCCGAAGACGCCCAACUAAGUGCCGAAUACCUGCUCUCGAUCUACCAGCCUCCCGAUGUUACCACGCUGAUUCCCAUGUUCAAGAAAGCGGGCUUCUAUCGGAUAUUGAAGAGGCAAUACAAGGUUGACAAACAGUAUGACAAGCUUGUCCAGACGUACUUCGAAGACCCCGCUGACCGGGAUGCCGUCUUUGAAUGCCUCGGGGACUGUCUUCGGCCACACAGUGGUCUGAAUCGCCGACAGGUGCAAGAAGUCCUCGAAGCAGUCAAGAACAACGCCAGGGAACUCCUCGGAAUUAACCCCGUCGAAGCGGCGAGAGUCUUGGCAGCUCAGUCUGUGGACGUUCACCAACACAUCCUGGAUUCUGCCGAAGACGCACCCGAGCUGCAGUUCUUUUACCUGCGGACGUUGCUCGAGCCCGAAAAGCGAGACGUCGAGACCCCAUUGAAUCCAGACCGAGUCCUCAUCGAGCGCUACGUCCAGCUCAUGUGCAAGUAUGAUUCCGCACAUGUGUCGGAUUACAUCGGCCUGGUUCAAUCCGUCAACCUCAGGUUGGAUGUCUUGCUGCCUGCCAUGGAGGAGACCGGCGUGAUUGACGCUGCGGUCGUACUCAUGGCUCGAGAAGGCCAAGUCAAGGAUGCCAUGGACAGGCUUGUGAAGCAUCUCGGUACCCUUGAAUCGGCCUUGCAAGGUAUCUUGUCUGGCGCUCAACAGGAGAGUUCAAAUGACUUGCAAUCAGGAGCCGAGGAGACUUUGCGAGCGUUGCAAAAAUAUGUUCACGUGGGCAUUUGGCUUUGCCAGGGCCAGACCAAGUCAUCGAAGAAGGCGAACGGCGUCCAACAACGAAAGUCAAAAAACACGUCAGAAGUUCUCUCUCCAGAUGAGGAGCUUUGGCUCAGUCUCAUCGAUGCGGCAGUGCAGACCACGCGAUCAAUCUCGUCCACCAUCGAGUCGUCGAAAACCACCCAGAACGGCGUUUCGGAGAAGGCAAGCGCUAUGGACAGCUUAGACAAAGAGAAGCUCUUGACACUGCUUCGAUCUUUGGUGCAGCAUACUUUCACGGCUCUCCUGACGACGACUUCAAGUCCCGCAGGAGCCCAGGCUGGUGGCCGACUCCUUUCCAACGCAGGGAACAACCUGUCAUUUCUUCGAAUUCUGCGUGCCUUUCUGACACGAGCCGCUGCAUCGUCCCCCAAUCUCGCAGAUCUGCGCUCGGUGCUGGCAUCCAUCUUUUCCGCGUACGCCUAUGAAGAGUCCAUCUUGCGACUUUCAAACCGUCUGUUGGAACGAAGCUUGUUCGUGAACGUCAAGCAAGCCGUCGACCUCCGACAACGCGGUUGGCGACCCAGGGGUUCCACGUGUGAGGCGUGCGGCCGUCGUAUAUGGGGCCCAGGUGUCUCUGGUAAUGUUUUUGAGGCCUGGGAAGAAAAGCAGGCCCGCGACGAGCAACACAAGGCCGAAAGAAAGACCGCCGCUGACGAGCGCGGUAAGGGCAAAGCAGCCCCUGCCGCCGGUGAGGCAUCUCAGGCUGCAUACAGUUCGAAGGGAAAGGGGAAAGCCGCAGCGGGUGUUUCUGCACCAGCGGGCGUUGAAGCUGCCGCGGCAGAGGAGGGUGUGGAUGCGCAGAAAGAUGCGAUCGGAAGGCCCAAAGAGCAGCCCCUCGGGCCGCUCGUUGUGCUGGCUUGCAGGCACAUCUACCACCAAACCUGCCUGGAUGCGUAUCAGGCCCGGCCGGAGGUUGAGGGAGAGACCCGCAGAAUUGAUAGCCACGCGAGGGAGUACAGAUGUCCGAUUGAUGGAUAG